UUGACCUUCUGGGUCAUUUGACCUCUUUCCAUCAAAAUAAAAAUAUUAAUCUUAAAACUUUUUUUCAUUUAUUCGUUCAUUUUCUCCCCCCAUCCCCCAAAAAAUCAUUUCAAUUUAUUCUUUUGUUCUAUUUAAUCUUUUCACUAUUAUUUAGCUUUUUCUAGUCAAUCAAUUUUUUCACUAUUAAAAAGGAACGGAUGAAAGAAAAUACCUCCCUUUUUUCCAGCCCUUUCUUCUUUCAGAACGGCUGCCCUUCUUCGAUUUCCUCUCUGCUUUUUUUAUUCUUCACCCUUCCAAAAUUCGCUGACUGAACAUUUAUUACGUGUAUUUUUAUUUUCUUUUGCUUUUUUUACUCAAUGUUCUCUUCAAAAUAUCCUUCAAUAUAUCCCUCUCUCAGUUAUUCUCUUUAACGUAGCAUUUAAUAAGUUACUUUCUAAACGUAGAGAAAAAAAGAUUAGAGGGGUCAAGCUGGUGAGAGACUUGAAGAGACAGACAUGGAAUAACGAGAGAAUGAGAUAGUGCAUUUUUUAAAGUCCCGACAAAAUGUCAAAUGACAUUGUGGAUUUAUUUUUAUAAAUUUCACUCAUUCCUGUCCUAAAUUUUUUAUUUGUUAUUCAAAAAUUGGGCUCAGGUCUGGAACCCUAAACUUCAGAUUCGAAAUUCUGUUUAGAGCUGCAAGAACAAAAAAAUAGAGUAUUACUAUUUUGUCGUUUGGGGGUUUUGCCGGCAUUUGCAAAUCUUUCCGGACUAAAAACUACAGAGAACAGAGGCUGGCAAUAAUAACAAAGUUAGAGAAAAGAGAGUAUUAUAGAGAAUUUAAACACGCUGACAGUUAAAGAAAAGAAAAGGGUGUGAUGGUGGUAGUCGUUGUUGGGUGCAUGCCGUUUUUGUCUUUUCAUCGAGCCAGUCGUGCCGCGUUUUUUUUCUCAACUCUUUUUUUACUUUUAUUAGUUGGCAACGCUCUAUUUCCCCAUCGGUUUUUUAACUUUUUCCCUUUUUAUACUUCUCACAAGCUGAUUUCCAAAAAGUUGAAGUGA